CGCUCUACCGACUCCCCCCCUCGCCGCCAUCUCCCACCUCUCUUCCCCCACGCCCACUGCUGGGUUCCUCACGCACACCGAAGCGCCGCCGCUAGGGUUUGCUCCGCCAGCCGCAAACCCUAAACCCUACCGCUCCCCUCCUACAGCGCAGGCCAAUACCCAGCAAUCUAGCUGCUACGCUUGCUCCCCGCUUCGAUCGGGAGCUAGGGUUUCACUCGCCUCCAAUCUCCGCUUCGGGUGGUUCGGGCCGGCGGCGACGCGGCAUGGCGGGGUACGGGGAGGAGAACCAGGACGCCAUGAACGGCUACGAGGAGGAGGAGGAAGAGGAAGAGGUGGAGGAGGUCGAGGAGGUGUACGAGGAAGAGGAGGAGGAAGGGGACGGGGAGGCGGAGGACGGGGCCGCUGCCGCGGCCCCGGAGGAGACGGAGGCGGCUGCGCCGGCUGGGGCUGCUGAGAUGAGAAGCGGAGGUGGAGGUCAAGGCCUAGCGGAGGUCGUUGGGGAUGCUGACGCCAGUGGCGAGGAAGGGAGGGAUGUGGAUUCUGGAGGCGGUGACGCCUCGGGGAAGAUUUUCGUAGGGGGUGUAGCCUGGGAGACCACCGAAGAAUCGUUCACUAAACAUUUUCAGAAGUAUGGAGCUAUAACUGAUUCAGUGAUCAUGAAGGACAAGCAUACUAAGAUGCCUCGUGGAUUUGGAUUUGUCACAUUUUCCGAUCCAUCUGUGAUUGACAGGGUUCUGGAGGAUGAACAUGUCAUUAAUGGAAGAACGGUUGAAGUCAAAAGGACAGUUCCGAAAGAGGAGAUGUCAACAAAAGAUGGUCCUAAGACCAAAAAGAUCUUUGUGGGUGGUAUCCCGCCAUCUCUUACUGAAGAUAAAUUGAAGGAGCACUUCUCCUCGUAUGGGAAGGUGGUUGAGCAUCAGAUUAUGCUUGACCAUAGCACUGGGCGUUCACGAGGCUUUGGAUUUGUCACAUUUGAAAGUGAAGAUGCUGUUGAAAGGGUUAUGUCACAGGGGAGAAUGCAUGAUCUUGGAGGGAAACAGGUUGAAAUUAAAAAAGCUGAACCAAAGAAACCUGGCGGGGGUGAUUCAAGCUCAAAUGGGAGAUAUAGUCGUGGGGGCGGUGGUCACCGUGAUUCUUACCGUGGUAGUGGUGGUGGUGGUGGUGGUGGUGGCGGCUCUGGGAGCAGUGGUGGUGGUGGCUAUGGAUAUGGAGGUGGCUACCGAUCAGCUGCAGCCUAUUAUGGCAGCACAGCUUAUGGCGCCUAUGGCAGAGGUUAUGGAUAUGGCAAUACUGCUGGCUAUGGGUCUGGUUAUGGCUCAGUUUAUGGUGGUUCCAUGUACGGUGGUCCAUACGGCACCUAUGGGGCAUAUGGAGGUGCCUAUGGAGGUGGUGCAUAUGGUGCACCAGGAGGAUACGGCGGUGCAGGAGGAUAUGGUGGCUACAGUGGGGCUGGAGGCAUGGGUGGUGGUGGUGGUGGUGGUGGUGGUGGCACUGGCGGUCGGGGCUCAAGCAGAUACCACCCCUAUGGAAAAUGAUCGUCGAUUCAUAGCGGUUUUCUUGGAUCUGCUAAUAAAGAGUCCUAUAGGUCACCUCAUUCCAGCUACCAAGAAUAUGGAACAUUCCAUUCACUUUGUCGAAUCCGCGGCGUCAGAACAUUUUUUUUCUGGAACUUAGCAAUGCACUGUGUCUAUGUCCGGCAUUGUAGGCUAUAGUCACUGAACUCUGAACUACCCCCAGGGCUUUCUGUAGAAGCUGCGGCUAAAACUCUUGUAUUCUUGUAGCCUGCUAUGAGCCUUAGACCCUUAAAACCAAACUUUGUGGUAGUAAAAAUAUGGUGGUGGAACAAAUGUAUGUCGGUGUAACGUUCGCUCACUAAUCGGCUGACUGUUGCUAUCUCUGCUUGCAUGUGGAGAAAAGCUUUUAAAAAGGAUGGGACUAAUACUUCUAAUUUUAUAGUUUGGUAUGUCGUAUGUUUAGUUCAUGAUCUGAAUGCUUGUGAGCAAUGACAUGGGUAAUGUUGCAGUCUUUA